GCUGGCUUUCAUAUCAUGUACAGGACGUGUAUUCAGUGACAGUCCCGGAGACAGUUUCUUGGUAGUAGUAGAUCACUUUAGAAGUGGUGGUCGCGUGUUUAGUGGCUUUUCUUCCUCCUGCGACAAAGUCCGGUUUCAACAAGCUUUUCUUUCUUACAACGGAAGCUCUAUUCUCAGACGGGAACUGGCAUCUGUUUCGUAUUCUAUCAGAAUCUUUCUAGAAAUCUUGUUGAGAGUAGCCUCGACUUCUCUGAUUCUCAUCCAUUGUGUCUCUAUUUUUUCUAUCCUCCAAAAAAACAACAUGUCUGAUGAGGGCCCCGUUAGUUGCUACAAAUGCCAUGAAGAAUGCACCAAAGACUACAUCAAGGCUAUGGGCCAUAGCUGGCAUGUCGAUCAUUUUGUGUGCUGUGUCUGCGAAGAAUCAUUAAAUGGAAAGUCGUUCUUUGAGCAUGAGGAUGCUGGUUACUGUCGUGACUGUUUCCAGAAGAAGUGUGCUCCCAAGUGUGGCUGCUGUGGAGAAGGCAUCAUUGGGGAUGUGACCACCGCGCUUGGGAAGACAUGGAUGCCCGCGCACUUUGUCUGUACAGAGUGCAAGAAACUCUUCGAGCCGGGCGAAGGCUUCCUAGAGAAGGAUGGUAUGCCAUACUGCAAGCCGGACUUCUACGAGCUGUUCAAGCCAAAGUGCAGCAAGUGUGAGAAGCCAAUUCCCGAUAAGACAGUUACGGCACUAGAGAAGAAAUGGCAUCCCGGAUGUUUUGUGUGUAACAAAUGCGGAGAGCAGUUUGCUGAUGGUCGAUUCUUUGUUGUAAACGACCUGCCCUAUUGCGCGCAGCACAAACAUGGCGACCGACCAGAUCAGCCGGAUGAUAUCUACGCCCAACCGGAUGCAGAGUGAACUGGCCAGUGUAGAGUGCCGCGCUGAAACCCAGGCAAGCAAUACUCCCUGCUGAUGACCGUUGCUUUCACUGCUGCCCAAAUGCUGUGUCAUUGUUGGACAAUAAUUAUACUGCAAACCCCUUCACUAGCACUAGCACUCCUGCCCAAUCGUUGGCUCACUUUAAUUUAAAGAAAUUCCAUAUUUUCCUACAAUUAUUUAGAGACUUUAUAGGUAUACUUGUACCAUUACUCUUAAAAAAGUAGUUGGUCGGAGGUCAAUUGCACGCUGUCAGUGUGAAACUCGGCUCAAUUUUCUCGUUUCCCAAAACAACGGAAUGCCCACUUUGUUCUGUUUUCCAACUUCUGUAUAUCAGCCAGUUUGGGGUCGAUUAGAUUGCACUCAUUUUGCCGCUUAGUGUCGUCUAGCCAAAACAAAUCACUAGAUAAAAAAAUACCAAAUUUCCCGAAUA